UCCGGCUUCCUGGAGGAGGGGCUCGCGCAGCGCAGCGCCGCGCCCCGAGCGGCCGCCGCAGGUGCGGAGAAGAGGGCGCGGCUGGGUCGGGGCGGCAUCCGGCCGCGGAGGGGCCGAGCAGCUUCAGAGCGGACAGAGCGCCGGUGCUCGGCAGGAAGUGUCCGUUCCGGCGCCGCCGUUGCGCCUGCGGAGCUCGGCGGCGCCACGCCGCCCUCCCCGUUCCGUCUCGCCCGGAAGCGGCGACCGCGGAGCUUCCGUCCCAGACGCGAGGCGUCCCUCAGCCGCCAUGGCCGGGCUGUCGCGUACGCUCGGCAUCUUCGGCUGCUUCGUGGCCGUGGUGGGGGCCGCCUUCUACCCCAUCUACUUCCGGCCGCUGCUGCUACCCGAGGAGUACAAGAGAGAACAGUCAAUAAACCGAGCUGGUAUUGUUCAAGAGAAUAUCCAGCCUCCAGGGUUAAAAGUAUGGUCUGAUCCAUUUGGAAGAAAGUAACGUCAGCCUGGUGCACUUCAAGGCAGAACUGAAGAUGAACUUCUUCAAUUAUUUCUCCUUACACUGAAGUAUGCCUUCGGGCGUCACUUGAGAAGAAUUCUGAUUAUGCUGUGUGGGCACAUGAGGAGCAACAAAUGCUACUGGUUGGAAAGCCAAGAGGAAAAAACAUCCCAGUUUUGGCAGGGUGCUGUGGUACAAUGGACAGACUGCUAGGGAGGUGACUUUUCUAGUGUUUAGAAGUAAAAUAUUUACUUCCUUGAGAAAAAGGAAGAACAAUUAUUUUUGUGGUUAACCUGUAAACAUUUGGAGAACAAAUUAUGAAUAGAAUAAAUUAUGCAGACCACUACAGUUUCCUCCCUAGUUUGAAAAUUGCUUUCUGUGGUUUAAUUGUGAAAACACGAUAGAAGUUUAUACUGAGAAAGAGCAGUGAAGAUUUGCUCUUUCUUAGGCAGAAUAUAACAUGGUAAGUGAGAAUUUGUGCAUUAAAAUUUAUUCCUUUCAAACCAAUGUGUAUUCUACUUUAUUUGUUAUAUAUUUUGUGAGCAGGUGUGAUGGUUCAACUUGACUGGCUGCCAGGUGCUCACCUAGCCAAUCUCUUGUUCCCAUUCCUCAGCAGGAUGAGGGAGAAGACAAGGUGUAGAAGCUCAUGGAUUUUGAUAGCAACAGGAAGAUUGUUUACUGUCUACUACUGUGGGCAAAACAGACAUGUCUUUCAUGGGUUGCCGUGUGGACAUUGACUCUGGCGAGGACCUCUCUGCACACUGCAGGGAAAUACCUUCUCUGGUGCCUGCAGCACCUCCUUGUCCUCUUUUUUUCUGCAUUUUUACUCCUAUUCCUCAUUUUUUUCCUCCUAAUUCUGCCUGUCUUUUCUUGUUGUUUCUUAAAUAUAUUUUCACAAAGGUGCAACCCAUUUGGCUGGUGGGCUGAUCUGUGUCCUCUGUGGGUGCAUCAGGAGACCAGCUGGGACUGUGUGUAUCAUGAUGUUGCAGCCUACCUCCCUCCCACAGAAACCUUGACAAGUAUACCCAGUAAAGUAGGUUAAGACUGGUGGGGUAGAAAAGCAGGUAUUUCAAAAGGUAUUUUAAAAGCACCUUUAUGAUGAGUGUAAUGAUCAUGAGAGCAGCCUAGUAAAGGAUUGCUCCUAUUUAAAAUCCUUACCCUAAUUUGCCUUAAUUUAAUUGGUUAGUGUUCUGAAUAAAUGGUAUUUUCAGGGGAAAGAAAUGAUCUGUAACCUGCAGUUAUGGGCUUUUUCCCAGGUGAUAUUAUUGAAUACAGGUGUAGCACAUACAUUUAGAUUGUAUAUGCUAUCUUCUUUUCUUAGUAUUUAUAUACUAACUACUACUUAGUAUAUUUUCUUAGUAUUUAAUUGUGAGACAAACAUUUUAAAGACUAUUGCAAGAAUGCAUGUGCAGUGAGCAUUACUUACUAAGUGAACAGGUGUUAGUCUUCUGCAUUGUUGUUUUUUUCAGACAUCAUCUGGCUUUCUUAAGGACAGAUAAGACUCAUCUUUUACAGUGUUCUUUGCCAAAACAGUUGUUACUUGGUAUCCCUUUUCUGCCUUUUGUUGUUGAUUCCCUCCCACACAGACACAUACUUCCUCUUCUGUAUUUCUCACAUCUUUAAAAUCUUAUAUUAAUGAAUGUCUUUUUCAAAUCUUUGAUAUUUCUUUCUGGCAAGAAAAUAAUUAUUAUUCAUGCAAAUCAAUACAAAAUAAAACUCUUAAAGCAACAGGGAAGAUACUGCAGUAAUUCUCGGUUUACACUGAAAUUUUCUGUCAUUUCUCUGCCAGUUGCCUGAAGAUUUGCUCUGGACUCAUUGUAAUCCUGCAGUUGGCUUCCCGGGCAUAGUGACAGUGCUUUGCUGUACUCCUGGGCACUGGACACAUCUCCAGUUGCUUAGUUGCAGGGAAGGUUGGAUAGAUAGCCAGUUGUGUUCUCCAGAGCAUUUUCCUUAGCUUGCUCUGAAGUUAAAAGGUUUGUGCUUUUGUGGACUGCAAGUAUCACUCAUUUUCAACACAAGUAUACGAAGCAGUUUGGUAUGUUUACAGUAAUACGAAUUCUGUAUUACUUCUGGCACUUGGAAAAUUUCAGUAUGUCUAAUCUGCCAGGGGUAUCAAUCUGAUGCUUUUGUUCCAUCUUUUCUGAUUAUUGUGAUAAAAUGUUUUCUAAGAAUGUUUUUGAAAGUGUUGUUCUUUAAUAUGAACUCUAACAUUUUACUUGUUUUAGCUGGAAUAUAAACAACAAAUUUGACUUUAUCCUCUGAUAGAGUCUGAUAGAUGUUCCAAACAGUGUGCUUUGACAAUCUGACAGAAGAAAUUGCUUGUACUAAGUUUGGGUCUGCUAUUUUAAGCUGAUAAAUUGUGACAUUAUUAGAAGUUGUAGUAUGGAGAGGGAGGUGGAUGUUUUGAUCUAAACCUAGACAUGACUCUGAAAUGUUGUAGAUUGUUAACAAUACAAUGAAACUCUCAAACACAAACACGAUAGGAUGGGUGAAUACAGCAAAAUGCGUGGCAAAAAAAGAAAAUAGAGAUUUUACAGUAUGUGCUGAAGACUGCACUUGAAUUGUUGAGAUUGUUUUCAUUGGGAAGGUGAUAAGGGUUUUUUUUUUUCCCUUUGGUACUUAAACACAUUGAGUAGUGUUAACUGAUCUUCAAGUAUUACUGUGUAGAUGGUCCUCUUUAAAAAAAGAAAAAAACAAGUCCAGAAAAAGAAGCAGUUGUUAUUUUUUGUGGUUUUCUACACCAGAAUAAAUCCUGCGUUUUCCCUU